AAUCACUUCUUACAAGUACAGAUAAAUUUAUCGCAGUUUACUCUGUAUUGUACCUAUAACUUAUAAUACUUAUUCUAUUUCAACAUGAAAUUUCUGAAAAUUUACACAAUAAUAGAAAUGUGAGGAGCUGUAGCUUGUAAGCAUUUUUCAGAAAUGAUAAGGCAACCUCUUAAAUUUAGAAAGACAAUUUUUGUCAUAUGUGUUUUAUUUUUAAUAAUUUUAUUAUUUCUUAUAAGCAGAAAAGAUACUGAUAUUAUUAACAGCAGUAAAAAAAUAUCUGAAGAUAUCCCAGCUGUAGUGUACCGAGAUUUCAGUUCAAUACCAAAGAGGGAACAUGUUUAUGUAGACAAAAGAAAAAUGGCAUCUAACAGUGCAAUUGAUGAUAAUAUAAAACAGGAACUGCAGGAAACCAGAGCUCAAAUAGAGCAACUGAAGAAAAAAAUUGCAUUUUUAGAAGGAAGAAUACCACAGAAAUAUCCUGAUGUAAAGUAUUUAGGAUACAAAGAGAGAAAGAGAAUAUUGGUGACAGGAGGUGCUGGAUUUGUGGGGUCUCAUCUUGUAGACGUUCUUAUGAUGCAAGGUCAUGAAGUAAUUGUAGUUGACAACUUCUUUACUGGCCGCAAACGCAAUGUUGAACACUGGUUUGGUCACAGAAACUUUGAGUUGAUUCAUCAUGACAUUGUCAAUCCACUGUAUGUUGAGGCUGAUGAAAUAUAUCACUUAGCUAGUCCUGCUAGUCCACCGCACUAUAUGCAAAAUCCAGUAAAGACUAUCAAAACCAACACGCUGGGCACCAUUAACAUGUUAGGACUAGCACGGCGUGUUGGAGCCAAGAUCUUAAUUGCCAGCACAUCCGAAGUAUAUGGGGAUCCCAUGGUGCACCCCCAGCCUGAGACUUACUGGGGUCACGUUAAUCCAAUAGGUCCGCGGGCUUGUUAUGACGAAGGCAAAAGAGUGGCUGAAACUUUGGCUUACUCAUAUGCCAAACAAGAGAAUGUGUCUGUGAGAGUAGCAAGAAUCUUCAAUACAUAUGGGCCUAGAAUGCACGUCUCCGAUGGUCGUGUAGUGUCCAACUUUAUUAUGCAAGCUUUACAAAAUUUAACUAUAACUGUAUAUGGAAAUGGGAAGCAGACCCGAUCAUUCUGCUACGUGUCAGAUCUGGUAGACGGAUUGUUGUCCUUAAUGGCAUCCAGUUACACUUUACCUGUUAACAUUGGAAAUCCUGUUGAACAUACUAUAGAAGAAUUUGCAAUGAUCAUUAAGAAUCUAGUCCCCGGAUGUCGUAGCACGGUAUCCACCGGCGCUGCAGUAGAAGACGACCCGCAACGUCGACGCCCGGAUAUCGCUAUUGCAGAGGCUCAAUUAAAUUGGUCUCCCAAGGUAUCCCUACAAGACGGUUUACAACGAACAAUAGAUUAUUUCAAGGAAGAGUUGUCCAGGACAACAUUUUAUAACAAUCAAACUUACAUGGAUGUUAAUGUGAAAAGUCCUCAAUAGAUAUAUUUUUUUUUUAUGAAUCCUCUAUAAUUGUGAUAAUAUUAUAUUGACUGUUUGUAAUGAAGUGUGAUGUUGUAUAUAAUAAUAAAUUAUAAUUGUUA